GUUUCUCUUCUGUCUACAGCCCUUGACUUCCUCUCUCAUUCAGUCAAAACCACAGAAGGUAGGUACACAGUUAAGAGCUUAACCAGAUGUCAUUUAAUUUGCAAGGUUGUGCAGGGAGGGAAGCAUGAUGCCAUUUAACCAUUGUUUAGGUUUCUGAAUAGACAAAUAGACAGAGCCUGGUGGGACUACCCAGAAUAAGAAACAAUAGUUACGUAUUGUAACUCCAGAUUCUGGAGCUGGCACUUUCUCAAUAAGAAUGAAGACCAUUUCUAUCUUCUACUGUCUUCUAUAUGCUGCUAGGAUAGAAGGAGCAGACAUCAAUGUAGAGGGAUUGGAAGGAGAAGACGUCUCAUUUCAGUGUUCACACAGACUUGCGUGGAAAAACAACAAAUACUUCUGCAAGGAUCCAUGUAAAGACAGUGAAGAUGUGCUGGUGACUGUACAGUCUAGUAGACGAGUGAAGUCAGGGAGGAUAGCUCUGGUGGACUCAGGGAACGGAGUCUUCACUGUGACCAUUAGUCAACUCCAGCUGUCAGACUCAGGGAGAUACUGGUGUGCAGUGGACAGGCCUGGUUUUGAUGCAUUCACUGCAGUACAUCUCACUGUAAAGGAAGAUGAGACAACAACUGUCAUACCUGAACUUUCUCCUACAUGGACACAUCACAUAAUUUCCAACUCCACGCAAUUUACAUCUGAAAUGGGCACCAGUAGGCCUACAAACUUUUCAACAGCCAUGAACAGCACUAAUGGAGGAGGACAGAACAUCAUCACAGGCAUCCUGUUGUACCCUACAGUCGGGGCUGUUGCCACGCUCACUAUCUUGGUGCUGACAGUAAUGAUUGUCAGAAACCGCAAAGAAAACUCCAAACCUCAACCCCAAGUUUGCUCAGACAACACCAACCUCGUCAGGGCAGAAAUAAGAGGGGCCAACUCUCAGGAAGUGCAGUCGUUUAAAAAGUUAUCGGAGAGGUUCUCUUGUACUUCCCAUCCAACACAGGAUCCACCAACAGCUGCGUCUUCAGCAGACGGAUGUAGUGUAUCCAUGCACAUCUAUGAAAACAUCCCCCGCUCCAAAGGCACUGCACCUUCAAAAUGCUCAGUUUCAAACGUCCAAGACACAGAUGACAUCAGCCCUAGGAUCUACGUCAAAUGUAACGGUAGUACUUUGAGCGCGCCGGACACAACCGGUGGGAAGCCUCCUCCGCACCGUUAG